UCAGUUCGCCAGAAGCCAUAGCCGAGAACGGUUCAAGGGUAGAGAGAAAGUGUUUCGAGCUGAUUAGCUGGUGGGGUGGAAAAUUGUCCCAAGUCUUCUUGCACAGCGGGAGAGCACUUUUUUGUUUCGAAAGAAAGAAGAUUCAAAGGAAUACAGGAUUCUUUUCUCUUUGGGGGAGACUUGGCCAGAUUUCAAAGGCAAGGUCAAAGGAUCUGUUGGUAGAGCGCAAAAAUCAGCGAAAAAUCGAGCUGAUUCAGCGAAAAAGCUAGUUCACGCCGAAAGAAAAGCGAAAGUGAAAAUCAGCAAUUGGCUCCAACUAGGAAAGGAGUGAAAAUUCGCUCGCAAACGAAGAGGAAUCAACAAACUAUUCCGAGGAGUGUGUGUUGCUCACGAAGAGUGUUAUUCGCGGGGAAAACAGAUAACCAAAAGAAGCGUUCGUCGCGUAACAAUCAUAUCAAGCGGCAAAAGAGUCUGUUUGUGCGUGUGUGUGUGUGUGUGUUCGCUGACAAGUCGAGGCCAAAAAGGCAGUUUUCCUACAGAGCAGAAGGAGGAGGAGUAGUGUUGCCGUUUUGUCGCUUAAUAGCACAAGUUGUACAAAAAAAAAAAGACGAUCGUUAAUUUUGUCGUCGUUGUUUGUCGAAGGGCACAGAGUGGAGUUUGCGUUUUUGUUGUUGUUGCUGUUCAGCUGAGCUGGUUUUUUUCGGUAGGCUCGUGCACUUCCAAGUUGGAAUCGAAGCCGAGCUGGACCUGUGUGUUACGUACACAGAAUUGUUUGCCACCGACGAGUAUAAACGAGUCGUGAAGGACGACAAUUGAACCUGAUUGGAGCUUAUUCGUCGACCGUAAACAAACGGUUACAAUCGGACCUCCCCACGCAGUGUGUGUAAUGGUGUUUGUGUAGCAAAGCUAAGUGUUUCGUUGUGACUUUGUGAUUUAAGGAAAACAAUUUCGCGAGUGUAAAGCACCAUCUAUGAUCGUGGAUUGGAAGCUGGUCGACAAGAAGCGCAUCUUUUUCUUUUGAUUUUUGCGACGCGCGCGGAUUCCGGAAGAUCGUCGAGGCUGGACCGGCCAAGCGAAGACCUCCCCAUGUAUUCGAUGGUGGACUGCUACAACGACAUGGGCCAACUGGGGCACGAUUACGGGUCGAAGCACAUGCCGAUGGACGGCGCCGAACUGGACCAUGUCACGAAGGUGAUUGCGCACCAUCCGCGCUACUUGGAGCACUACUUCAACACGCAGAACUUUGUGAUGCACUGCGACGGGCCGCUGCCGUUCGAGUACCGGUCCUACAUCGCGAUUAUGGCCGCCGCCCGCCACAAGUGCACCUACCUGGUCAACCUGUACGAGAAGGAGUUCCUGCUGCAGGGCGGCGAUCGGAACUGGCUGAAAGGACUGGAGUACAUUCCCGCCAAACUGCGUGCCAUAUCGGACAUUAACAAAAUCCUAGCCCACCGUCCGUGGCUCCUGAGCAAGGAGCACAUAGAGCGCUUGACCAAGGGUCAAAACAGCUGGUCGCUGGCCGAGGUGGUGCACGCGAUCGUCCUGCUGGCCCACUUCCACUCGCUGUCGUCGUUCGUGUUCUCCUGCGGGCUGACCCAGGAGCUGGACACAUCUAGUCAAAAGAUUGAAAACAACAACAUUGUUGUACUGCAAAAGACUGAGCUCGAGCAGCCGAUCGGGCAGGAAGCCCUUGGCCAACUGCAGCCGUCGCCGCCGCAGGGCACCGAGGUCACCGUGGACGCGCUGAUGCAGCGCAUGAAGAAGCUGUCGGAGAAGAGCACCGAGUGCACCGAGAUGGAGCUGAGCAAUCGCUUCAAGCACGUCGAGAUGCAGGCGGCCGAACUGCCGGCGGCGUCCUCCGUCCUGCGGGUGGACGGGCAGGGCGAGGUGCCGCAGCAGAUCGGCCGCUUCGUGGACGAUCCCAACUUUACAUAUCAGGACUUUGCGCGGCGCGGAGCGGAAAACAUUCCCCAGACGUUCCGGAUACAGGACUACUCGUGGGACGACCACGGCUACUCGCUGGUGAACAGACUGUACAACGACGUCGGCUUCUACCUGGACGAAAAGUUCCGGGCGGCGUACAACCUGACGUACUACACGAUCGCCGGCCGCACCAACGUCGACACGUCCAAGUUUCGGCGCGCCAUCUGGAACUACAUCCAGUGCAUCUACGGCAUCCGGCACGACGACUACGACUACGGCGAGGUGAACCAGCUGCUGGACCGGUCGCUCAAGAUGUUCAUCAAGACGGCGUGCUGCUUCCCGGAGCGGAUAACCAAACCGGACUACGACAGCGUCCUGGUCGAGCUGCAGCACAGUGAGAAGGUCCACGUGAAUCUGAUGAUUCUGGAGGCGCGCAACCAGGCGGAAUUGCUGUACGCGCUGCGCGAGAUUAUGCGUUACAUGACAUGAUUUGGUUCCCGAGGGGGAGCGCCAAUCGCACACGGAGGGCACGACACGCGCAACAACAACACGGAUCAGUGCAGAAUUACGAGAUUCAGCUUGAAAAAGCAGCGGUUUUUUAUUAACAGUAAAUGUAUGUUAUAAUAAUUUGUAUUUUUUUAAACAACCAUCUUCUCAGGCAACAGAGAAUUUAUCAAUGUGUCGCGCGCGGAAAUUGUGCGCAUUUUGUUUUAAGUGCAAAACGAGCUAAAAGCUAGUAGAUUUGUAAGGAAUGCAGAAUAAUCCGUUGGUGAUAUAAGUUUAAUGCUGAAAGGCAGGAAAAAAAUGGAUUGAGCCAGGCGAACGCAAUCAGGGGCAUUGAAUAAUUUUUAAACUCUGUUUUAGCUGUUAUACUGAAUAAUUGUUUUCAACUGUUAGCUAGGAAGCAAAAGUACUAUCAAAUUGCAAAUCGCACAAAACGCACACACACACACACAGAGCUUGGCGAGCUUCAUUUCUAACUUUUUUCAAUUUGAUCUCAAAUUAGAAACGAAAUCAAAAAUACGUCGAUUGCCAUUAUUUCUCCCUUCAAUAUUUUAUCCAAAUGUUAUUAGUUAGUGUAGGACCACCCCACAAGACCAAGAAAUUGGAAUAAAUUUUUAUUCAAAACCAACUGGAAACUAAGGUCCACCAAAUUACGGAACAAAUGAAUCAAAAUCAGUUGAUAUUGAUCGAUCCUGUCGAAGCUAGUCCACGAUGGAUGGAAGCAAAACAAAGUGAGAUAGCUUGUGGAAUAUGCUGUGCGCAAGAAAAGAAGGCAAAACUGUAUUAUGAAAAUAACAAAAAAAAUAAAGAAAGCAAACUUUCGAAAAACAAACGCAUGUGUUCAUUACAAAAUUACAAACAGAGUGAGGACGGCUUUCUUUCAAGUGCCCUCAUCAAAUAAAAGAAAGUUGGUUUCACCCACUUCACGUUAAUCUUUUCUAACAACAUUUCUACAAAAAUAAAACAUAACAAAUUCACCCACAGAAACGGAAGGGACAACCAGCGCUAGAAAGGUUCAAAACAAUCACUAAACGUAUAAGCAAGAAAGUGAAAGAAGAUCUUUUCGCGUGAUUUGCGCAAAGUACGCAAGAAACUCUAAACUAGUAGGCGACGACGACAACAACAACAACAAAAAAUACAAAACAUGUGAUUCGUAUGUGAUGGAAUUUGUGCCAAAAAUCUCUUUUUAACGUGUAGAGCAAGCAAGCAAGCAAACAAACAAGUAGUAGGCGAGGUAACGAGGGAACAACACGGUUAGCACCAAACCACGUGGUUUGGGGGAAGGAAAAAAGAAGCAAACAAUACUGUUGAUCAUUUAUUGUAUCUUCUUCACUUUUGUUGUUAAACUGCAGAGAGAUUGUUUCGGAACGAGACCGGAACUGCAAAGCUAGAGGCACGGGAAAGUGUCUUCUUGAAUAUUUUUUUUAUAUAAACUGUUGAACAAUUGGAUAGAUUUUAUCAAACUGGAAGGAUGAGAAAAUGAGAGAAAAUCAAAAUAUCUACAAAAAAAAAUAUCCACAAACAAAUGAAUAACCUAAACGUAAUUGAAAAAGCACUGACAAGUUUAUGUCUAAAUACAAAUAUGCAAGAUAAUCUAAAACAAACAAACAAAACAAACAAUGUGUUAUAUAGGAUAUACUAAUGAGAAAAUUAAUAAAUGAUGACGAAAUCUGUAUAAUUUGCUAAACCUUGUUGUUAGAAUAAAUGUGAAGAUCUUCAAAAAUAA